AUGCAGCACCAUCAUCAUCAUCAUCAUCAUCAACAACAACAUCAACAUCAACAACAACAACAAUAUCAAGCAUCAUCCACAUCCACCCCAUCCUCCUCAUCCUCGACUCCCGCUCCGCUCCCCUCCUCGUCCUCCUCGUCCUCAGCAGCAACCGCCUCCGCAUCCGCAUCGGCCUCCGCAUCGGCCUCAGCCUCAGCCUCAGCAUCGACAGCGACAUCAGCAUGGACCGAGCCCCCCUGGUCCGGGUGGAUCGAGACGACCGGCGACGCCCUCCUCAUCCUCGAAGCAGCGCGCCGCGGCCUGAUCCCGCGCGUCACCCGGCGCCUCGUCGACGCCGAGCGCAAGAUGAUCACGUCCGGGUCAGUCUUUGUCUUCGAUGAAGAUGAAAGCGGGAUUAAGCGGUGGACGGACGGGUUCUUUUGGAGUCCGAGUAGGAUUUUGGGGAAUUUUUUGUUGUAUCGCGAGACGGAUAAGAGGGGCGCGGGGCAUAGGGCGAGGGGGGAGCAGCAUCAGCAGCAGCAGAUGGAUGUGGAUGGGGGUGGGGGUGGGGGGUAUGAAGGGGGCAGGGGGGAGGGCCAGUCGUUGAGUCGGCCCAAGUCGGAUGCGGCGGGGAUGAGUGUGGAUAAGCAAAGGGAGAGGACGUUGAUGGGGAGCUUGACGAACAGCUACAAGUUCAAGCCCGAUGGGCUGAUGAAAAAGACUUUUUCUGUCACCAUUGGCGGCGUAGCGCAGCACUUGAUUUCAUACUACAAAAUCGAAGACGUCGAGAGCGGGAGAUUGCGCUCGCCAUCGUCGCUCCCCGAGCUCGCGUCGCUGGACAUCAGCCAGGAAUACCUCGACAAGACGCAUUUCCGGAACCCGCCCAAGGUCGAGCGCGGCGUCGAUGGGAUUUUGAGGUACCGCGGCGAAGCGGACGAUAUCGAGAACUCGCCGUCGAUGCUUAGCACGCCGCUGUCUGGGAUACCGCUGUUAACCGAAGGCAGGGUCGCGGAGAGCGCGGCGUCUGCAUCUGCCUCUGCCUCUUCGUCGGCGGCGGCGGUGAGUAAGAGGACGGGUAGGUAUGAUCCGUAUGGAUCGCCGCCUGCUACGAAGCGCGCGCGGAGGAACACGAAGACGUCGCAGCAGGAUGGAAGGGCGACGCCGACGGGGGACGCGGCGUCGCCGCAGGGUACUAGCACGAGCUCGUCGACGCCUCAGCCUAUGACGCCCAUCUCGGCUUCCACGCCGAUGUUCCCUGAUCCGGGAAUGGAUAUUGCCAUGUCGCACACUCCUCCUCCUCCUCAGCCGCCGCUACCCCAGCAGCAGCAGCAACAACAGCAGCUUCCAGGAGUAACAGAAAUAGUAACGGCACCAGCACCGUACCCGCCGUAUGGUAUGCCGGGAUUUUACCCGAUGCCGCCUCCGCCAGGGCAUAUCUAUCCCGGUCCACUCCCUCCUCCUCCUCCUUCACAGCAAGUCGCGUAUCAUCAUCCGAGUGCCGGCUCGCCUCAGGGUCCUCCGCCGCAGCCGCAAUACGCCGCGUAUGCAGGGUACAUCCCUCAACAUGAACAACAGCAGCAACAGCAACAACACCUGCACGGGCUCACGGGGCAGGUUCAUGGCAGUAAUCCAUCGCAGUUGAACACCGGGCCGACGCCGGGGGUUGGAGGAGGGGGUGCAGGUGCUGCUCCCGCCCCUCCUCCGACAAACACCCAGCAAAUCCAGCAGCAGUCUCCGGUUUUGACUCCGUCGCCUCAUGGUCAUGCUCAUACGCAGUCCCCUCAGCAGCAGCAGCAGCAACAAGCUACUCCCGCUCAAGCUCAAGCUCAACUUCCAGGUGCACCCACACCCCUCCCUCCUCCUCCUCAUCAUCAUCAUCCUCCACCACAGCCGUAUUACCCGUAUUACCCUCCCCCACCGCCGCCGCCGCCUCCGCCUCCGGGGUACCCCCACGCGCAUGCGCAUGCGGGGUAUCAGUGGCCUGUUUAUCCGGGGUAUCCGCCGCAUGCUCCCCCUCCCCCGCCGCAGUUGCAGCUUCAGCAGCAGCCGAUGCACCAGCCAAUCCAAAUGCACCAGCCAAUGCAGAUGCAAAUGCACCAGCCGAUGCACCAGCCGAUGCAGGGUGUGCAGAUGCAAAUGCCAAUGCAAGGUGUGCAGAUGCAGGGCGUGCAGUAUCUUCCCCAACAGCAGCAACAGCAGCAAUAUUAUAUACCUCAACAACAACAACAGGAUGCGGGUGGGAGUGCGAGUGCGAGUGGGGCGGACACGAAUGCGAGGUCAAGCUCAACUAUAAGUAUGAAUACAAGUGGGGAUGGGACAGGGACGGUGGCGGGGACGGCGGGUGCGAGUGCGAAUGCGAAUGCGAGUGGGAGUGGGGAUGGGAGUGGGACGGCGGGGGCGGGGGCGGGGGCGGGGGCGAGUUCGUAG